AUUAUUUUUCUAUAAAUAAACAAGUCAAAAAUCAGUACCAAUACCCUCUUUUAAAGUUCACAAAAGAAGUUUCAAUUUUAUAAGAAAAUAGACGACAAUGGCUUCCAAUUCAGCCACUUCUCGGUUCUUGACACUAUUUCUUAUUACGCAGUGUUUAUCAGUCCUCACUGCUGCUCAAGAUUUUGACUUUUUCUACUUUGUUCAACAGUGGCCAGGAUCAUACUGUGAUACUAAACAAAGUUGUUGUUACCCCAAAACUGGAAAACCAGCAUCAGAUUUUGGAAUCCAUGGACUUUGGCCAAAUAAUAAUGAUGGCUCUUACCCAUCAAACUGUGAUUCUAACAGUCCUUAUGAUCAAUCUCAG